AUGAAGACCUUCACUCUCGCUGUCACUUGCGUUCCAUAUCUCUUCCUCGCCGUCGCAGCCACCGCGCGCCUGGCCAACGCGCAAUCCUACUGCGAUGCCUCGAUCGGCUACGUGAUCUCCGACAGCACGUCGGACUCAGGCACCGACACGUCAGGCUACACCCCCGACAGCGGCGACUGUGACGCCGAAUGCCAACUGUAUUACUCGCAACAGCAGACGCUCUACUCGGACUACUUCAACGACGCAGUCACCGCGGGGGGCAACUCGUUCCUCAGCGCCGCGGGCGGUAAACGCAAACGCAACAUCGUCACAGGAUUGUCGACCCGCCAAGGUGGUAGUGACGGCACUCUCUACCUGACCUGCACGGCGGAUCAGACGUGCUUCGUGUACGAGAACAUCCCACUGUGCAUUGAUAUGGUCACCGGCGACUUCAUCGAUCCCACGGGCGGGUCUGGCAACGUCCUGACGGGGACUUAUACUGCUGCCGUGGACACGGGGUCAGGGUCAAGUGGGACGACGGGGAGUGACGACGCGGUCGAUGACUCCGGCUCGGGGUCUGACUCCACCGACAUAACAACGGCGAGUAGUAGCUCGAGUUCGUCGCCGAAUGGUGCCUCGUCGAGCAUCCGUGUGGGAGGGAUCACGUUGGGUGCUGUUCUUGCAGCUGUACUUGCGUUGGUUGCGCUUUGA